AUGACUGAACCAACUGUUUCUGCCGAAGAACCUUCAACUACUGCUGUUCCAGCAGAUACAAAACCAAUUGAAGAGACAAAACCAACUGAAGAGGCAAAAGCCGAAGAGACAAAAACCGAAGAGGCAAAACCAACCGAAGAGUCAAAAACCGAAGAGGCAAAACCAACCGAAGAGACAAAAACUGAAGAGGUAAAACCAACUGAAGUGGCAAAACCAACCGAAGAGAAAAAAGAGGAUACUAUUGAUACAGCAACAACAAAACCUGAUGCUGGUGCUGAACCUAUAACUACUCCCGAAGUUACUACCUCUAACACCGCAGAAAAUAGUGAAGUAAAAAAAGAUGAUGAUAAAAAGGAAACUAAUAGAGAAGUUGUCAAAACUGAAGAGGAUAAAGAAGAAGAACUUAUCGAAACUGGUGACAUAAUUACCCUUAAAAGUGGCAUAUUUUCUCAAAAAGCUGCUCAUUAUGCUGCCUUUGGCACUGAUGAACCAAUUCCAUUGGAAAAAUUAACUCAAUAUUAUAGAAAACAUAUUAAACAAACCAAAUCCAUCACUCCUUCCCUCUCUUCUUCUAAUGAUUCAAAAAAACCAACAACUGAAGCUCCUGAAAAAACAAAGGAGGAAAAGGAAUCAACUGAAGCUGCAGCACAAGCGGUUGAAAAAUCCAACAAAAAAAUUGAAUCAAAUAAAGCUCUUUAUAAGAAUCUUGCUCAUGCUUCUAUAACAGGAAAAGGCCUUUUAGUAUAUUACAAGACUAAAAACGAUUAUGACAAUAAAGAACCAUUUGGUAUUAUUAAUCUUAAAUAUUCAGAUGUUCUUGAUUCCGAUAACAAAGGUUAUCAAAAUUUUACAAUAAAAACUAGGAUUCGUGAUUAUAAUUUUACCGCAUCAAGUCAUAAUGAUAAAAUAAAAUGGGUAAAGUCUAUUAAAAAAAAAAUUGACGAAGCAAAAUCUUUGCCACCAAUUGAAGAUCAGGAUAAAUUCAAAGAAGUUUAUCAAAAACUUGAAGACCCCAAUGUAGGCUUUACUAAAUUGGUUAAUGUUCCUAAUGUUACUUCAGAUUCAGAUGUACUUUCUGAAGAGGAUGAUCAUCCACAAAAAACUCCAAUUUCUGAUAAACGUAAAACGAUCACCAACUUCUUUAGUUCACUUAUAAAAGAUCCAUCUACUGAAACUCCUCAAUCUUUAACUACAAGCGAGACAACUACCACCACCGAUGAUACUUCUAAAACACCUCAAAAACAAAAGGGCUAUUUUAAUUUUCUUACAAGAAAAAAUACUUCUGAUGAAAAACCCGAAGAAAAUGUUGAUGACACAACACGUGAUGCUGCUACUAAAGAACAAAAAGACUCAUUCAUUAAAAAUUUAUUUAGAAAAGCUGUAAAUGAAGUAACUAGUGUUGUUUCUUCUACAUCAGCCCAUGAAUUAACUAAAAAACUCAUAAGUCGUAGUAAAACAUAUUUACAAAAAGCAAAAAGACCUGAUAAUAGUAGUACUAGAGAAGUAGAAACACCAGAUGCUACCACAGGAAAAACUGACGAAGUAACUAAAACUGAUACAACUGCCGUUGCUACUUCCACUACUGAUGCAAAACCUGAUGACAAAAAAGAAGAAACUAUAGCAGAAGAAACCAACGAACCUGUUGCAAAAACGGCUGAAGAUACCUCAGCUACUCCAGAAACAACCGCACCAACUGAAAAAAAGAAGGGCAUUUUUAACAAAGAUAAGCGUGAUAAAGAAAUACUCCAACCCCGUAUCGAUGACAGUAUAAAACAUGGCGAAUUAUUUAAAGUGUCACAAAUUCUUAAAAUACCUGAUAAAACAUAUUUCGUAUUAAACAAAGACGGAACCUUAACUUACCUCAGUAAUAAAAGAGAAAAAAACAUAGAUCUUACAGGUGCUGAGGUUAAAAAAAUUGAUCCCGAUAGUAAAGAAAAAACAGUGGAAAAAGAAAAACCUGAAGAAAAAGAAAAAACAGUGGAAAAAGAAAAAACAGAGGAAAAAGAAAAAACAGAGGAAGAAAAAAAACCAGAGGACAAACCCGAGGAAGAAAAAUCUGCGGAAAAAGAAAAAAUUGUGGAAAAAGAAAAACAUGAAAAACACAAAUAUUAUAUAGAAAUUGAUACAAAAGCUCCAAGAACUUAUAAAAUUUACACUGAAGAUAAGAAACUUCGUGAUGAAUGGCACGAUGCUAUUCAGGAAGCCAUAUCCUUGAAAAACCAGAAAGAAUCAAAAAAAGAAUUGCUUCCAACUAUUGCACAAUCAGAUCGUGAUUUUACAGCUGAAGUUCAUGAUGCUACAAAAGUAGAAAAGGUAGAAGAAGAAUCAUCACAAGGAAAAGAUACCACUAAAACAGAUGAAACCACUGUUACCGCUCCUGUUGACCCUAAAGUUGAAAAAACAGAUGUAACACCAUCUGAAUCAAAACCAGAACCAGAAUCAAAAACUGAUGCUUCUGAGCCUACAAAAACUGAUCCUGAGCCUUCUACUAAGGCUGAGACGGUGCCAUCUGACACAACAGCGUCGUCAUAA